AUGGAUGUGGGCCUGGAUUUGGGCCAGCCUGGUGUCUUCACUUACCGCGAUGGUGUUGCCGUUAUUCAGCUUUUCUUUUUCACAAUUUAUCUAGCCCUCGGUGUCGUGCUAUGUUGGCGCCACGGGUUCCGUCGUUCAGAUGGAUGGAUCCUAGUGGUCACCUUAUCAAUUCUACGCCUACUCGGUGCAAGUUUCCAGCUGGCCACUAUUCACACCCAGAACACAACAACCUAUGGAGGUGCACUUAUCUGCCAAGGAAUUGGUCUGGCACCCUUAAUCCUAUUGAAUCUCGGCAUGUUCAUAAGAAUGAACAUGUACUUUAAGAAACUUCACCGACUGGUAUUCACUGCCAUCUCCGUCAUCGCUAUCGUUGCCAUUGCCCUUGCCAUCUACGGUGGUACCGAGUCUGCAGAAUCAGCAACUCUGGGAUCAAACACCAUGCUGAAGGUUUCCGUCAUCCUCUUUGUAGUGUGCUAUGCUAUGUUUUGGGGGCUGUUCUUCUACUUCAUUGGGCAUCGGAAAGCACUGCCAGCCCCUGAACAGAAGAUGUUCUUGUGUCUCCCGCUGUGCGCUCCCUUCAUGAUUGCCCGACUGCUUUACAGCAUUCUGGGAGACUAUGUUCCAAGUCUCCGCUCGCAAUUCAGUGUACUGGAUGGAAAUGUGACCGCCUUCCUCUGUAUGGCUGUCCUGGAGGAGAUCAUUGUGGUUGCGGUUUAUGUGUUUUUCGGCAUGGGACUGGAAAAGCUCUCACCCGAAAUGAAGGGAACCCGGCGGAGAAAUGAUGGAGAUGGGGUUUUUGAUUAG